CGUUCCCAGUCUUCCCCUUUCUUCUUCCUUCUCUCCUCUUCCUGUGAGGAUAUCCUUCCUCCAUCGCGUCCACCUCACGAGGAAUCCGCACUCGCUUUUGCCCCGUGAUUUAUUGCUCAGGGUUCUCGCUGGGUGGUGGUGGUGUGUGGUGGUACCAGUAGUGCACAAGAGCAAGCUGUUCUUGUGUGCGUGGUUCUAUGCCUGCUUGCUUGGCGAAGGGAGGAGUAGUAGUAGGAGUUGAGCGUUGCAGGUACCGGCAUUGUUGAGGAAGCGCGGGGAAGAUCCGGCGAUGUCAGAGGCCGACCGGAUACGCCUCCGCGCGGCGGCGCUGGAGCUGCACGACGACGGGGUAAGGGACAAGCCGGAUGCCAAGGCGAACGUCUUCGCGGAUCUUGGUUCCCCGGUGUCGCCGUUGCGGGUGCGGGCGAGCGUGACGACGUCCUCGUCGUCGUCCUCCGGGUCGGCCAAAUCGCCGGCGCCGUCGAAUGCUGGGAUGGCGGUCGGGAGGAGCCACUCCGGCGAGCUGGUGGCGGAGAGCAACCCGCCGCGGCUGCCGGGGCACGGGCACCGCCGGUGCGGAUCUGGGCCGUUGAUAUUCUCCGGCGGCAGCAGCGGGGGGAGCGGCGGCGGCGGCGGGGACCGUGGGAGCACGGCGAGCUCGCCGAUGCUGAAUGCGCUCCCCGCCGGCAACAUCUGCCCGUCCGGGCGCGUCCCGGGGCCGGCGGCCGUGCCGCCCCCGCCGCGCUCCCGCUCGGACGUGCUCGGAUCCGGCACCGGCCACUACGGCCACGGAAGCAUCAUGCGUGGCGCCGGCAUGGCCCCCGCCAGGAGCAGCAUUGAGGCCUCGUCGUUCCUCGGACACUCCUCGAGGUCGCCGGCGAGCUCCCCUGGUAGCAGCGGGAGCCUCCAGGAGGUGACCCGCUUGGGGAACGAGUGGUACAAAAAGGGCAAGUACGCGGAGGCGCUGCGCCACUACGACCGCGCCGUGGUGCUGUGCCCCGAGAGCGCCGCGUGCCGCGGCAACCGAGCCGCCGCACUCAUAGGACUCGGCCGGCUCGCCGACGCUCUCAGCGAAUGCGAGGAGGCCGUCCGGCUCGACCCGGCCAGUGGCCGCGCCCACAGCCGCCUCGCUGGCGUCUGCCUCCGGUUGGGGAUGAUUGACAAGGCGCGGAGGCACUUCACCCAGGCAGGUUAUCUUCAGCAGUCUGACCCUGCCGAGUGGCAGAAGCUGCAGGAAGUGGAAGUGCAUCUGGGAAGAUGCACAGACGCUAGGAAAAUUGGGGAUUGGAAGAGUGUGUUGAGGGAAGUUGAUGCUGCCAUUGCCGCCGGUGCUGACUCCUCUCAGCUGCUUCUUGCCUUGAGGUCAGAAGCACUUCUCCGGCUCCACAAGCUGGAGGAGGCUGAGUCGACUCUUGCAAGCAUGCUGAAAUUGGAUGGUGCAUUGCCCUCAUCUUUGACAGCAGCAAACCUCUCAGGCAUGCUCUCUGAGUCAUACAUACAUAUUGUCCGAGCCCAGGUUGACAUGGCAUUAAGGAGGUUUGAUACUGCUGUUGCUGCAGCUGAGAAGGCUAGAGAUCUUGAUCCUGGGAAUGCAGAAGUCGGGAUGAUUCUGAAUAAUGUGAGACUAGUCGCAAAAGCCCGAGCCCAAGGAAAUGAUCUCUUUAAGGCUGCCAAGUUUUCUGAUGCCUCUAUAGCCUAUGGUGAAGGGCUCAAGUAUGAUCCCUCAAAUUCAUUGCUCUACUGCAAUCGAGCGGCUUGCUGGUCAAAGCUAGAAAGGUGGGAGAAAGCUGUUGAUGACUGUAAUGAGGCACUAAGAAUACAACCAAAUUAUACAAAGGCUCUCUUAAGGCGGGCUGCGUCCUACGCUAAGCUUGAGCGAUGGGCUGAUUGCGUGCGGGACUAUGAGGUGCUUCGGAAAGAGCUUCCCAGUGAUAAGGAGGUUGCGGAAGCACUGUUCCAUGCUCAAAUUGCCCUGAAGGCAACUCGUGGUGAGGAUGUAUCAAAUAUGAAGUUUGGAGGAGAGGUAGAGAUAGUAACCAACGUAGAGCAACUCCGUGCUGCCAUAGGUUCACCAGGGGUGUCUGUUGUAUACUUCAUGUCGACAAUGAAUCAGCAAUGCACACAAAUUACACCUUCGGUGAACACUCUUUGCACUGAAUGCCCCUCAGUGAAUUUUCUAAAGGUUAACGUUGACAACAGCCCUAUGGUGGCAAAGGCAGAGAAUGUGCGCAUAGUCCCGACGUUUAAGAUAUACAAAGAUGGUGUGAGAGUGAAGGAGAUGAUCUGCCCUAGCUUGCAUGUUCUGCGUUAUUCAGUGAGGCACUAUGCUGUAUCCAGUUCUUGAGAAGCUUAGAACACCGAUACCCCAAUUUCCCAAUUUCAUCGAUGCAUAGAGCUCCCCUUUUCCCUGCCAGCUUUUCCCCGUCAAACUUGCAAACAUUACCAGCCUCCACAGCAUUUCACCAGCUGCAUAAUCAUUCCGCAUUGAGCAUGAGCAUAAUGAGCUAAGAUUGGUACGUGGAAGAGCCACAUCCCAUUUUCGACCCCUUUCCCCAUCCAUUGCUGUUUUCGCUUUUUACUGUUCAUAUGCCAACCGCAUUCAAUACUUUCAUCUUUGGGGCUCCUUUCACCUCUUAUAUUUUGAUACUCCAUCUUGAUUUACCUAGUCCAUAGGCCAGUACCCUGCUUCUCAAGAAAGGGAAAUGUUUGUAAUGUUGUCUAGAUUUAGCAUACAUCUUUUAGGGAGAGAGGGGGGAGGGGGUGGUGGAGAGAGGGGUGUUGUUUUCGUUACAUGUACAUACCUAUAGCAAAAACAUCAGAAAAAUCCAUUGGAAGAUUGGUUCCCUGGAGAAGAGAAAUGGUGGCAUCAGAUUUUGGUGGUUGGGGUAAGGUACAGGGCUAGCUAGCUGUGAUUUUCAUUUCAUUAGAGUCUUUAAAGAGGAUCAAGAGAGCGGUUAAGUAACUGGUUCUUCAGAAAGGGUGAGGGAGGGUUGGUGUUCGUUGAUGACGAUGUCAUUUUGCUGCUUCUUCUGGGUUGUGGUGCCUGAUACCAUUUGCUACCAUUUCCAUGAAUAAACCAUUCCAACAUUGAUUCUUUUUCUCU